AUGAUGAGCAACCCAGACGAGGGAGGGGUUGAACGUUUGACAAUCAGCGCUUUGAGACCUCAGAUGGGAGGAUCUCCAGAGCAUAGCUUGUGCUUGAGUGACCUUGAUGGUUCGGAAGUGGAAGACGUGAACUUUGCAGAUCCCCAUUCCUUCAUGGUCGUGAAGGGUUGGACAAGGAUGUUUUGCUGUUAUGCCGUGCUUCUUUGCUGCCAGCAGCAGCCGGGCUUUCUUGAGGCCUUUGGGGCUGGGAAAGUAAAGGCAAUUCAUACAUUGACAUGUCAAACCAGGAAUUUCAAUUCCACAGCCAACAAUCGCAUCACUCUGAGCAGCACAGUCCGGAAGAAGCCGAACGCCUUUGUGUUGCUCCACCAGAUGACUUUUCUCCGCCGCAUCAAUGUCACAGAAGAUGAAGCUUGGUCCAAUGCAAGCCAGCUGGCAUCUGCCUACCAGAUCGGCCGUGCAGAGAGCGGUGCGGCCCUAGCGUUGUUGAACUCUGUGGACCAGCCCAUCGUCAAUGGGCUUUCCAGCUUGGUUGAAUCAUUGCAGCGAAAUUGCGCUGCUUUCAUUGCGGCCUUUGACGUGUUCGAAUCGAAGUUUCCUUCAGCUUUUGUUCGCCAAGAGGAAGCUGCCAUCCGGAGAGCGUUCAUGUACCGCCACAUGGAUGCAGACCUGACAGCCAUGUUGGAAAACAAAGUGCCGCCAGUCCCACUGGAUUGCAUCUCAGCCUUCAACACGGCAUGUGCCAAAUUCGAGAAGAAGGUGACACAAGCUCGCGAAGAGGCUCAAGAAGAGUGUCUUGAAUUACGUUAA